AUGUACAAGUUGCUGAGACAAGGAUCCCAGGAUGUGCCUACAUUCGUCGGACCAAAUGGGGAGAUCACUCUGAAUCUUGCGAGAUCUGGCAUUGAAAAUAUUGAUAUAGUUCCAGACGAUGUCAAUGUCCUCAUCUUGGACCACAACUAUAUUCGACGUUUAGAAAAUUUAUCUAGUUUGUAUGAUUUACAACAACUUUCAGUGGCAAACAACAAGUUACUACAAAUGCAUGGAGUAUCUAGCCUCAAAAACCUGACGAUCUUGAAUUUACCUAACAAUGGCAUUGUUGCAAUUGAUGGUUUAAGCAAGUUAACCCACCUUAGGUGGCUUAAUUUGUCGGGAAAUAAACUGAAGGUUAUCGAACAACUAGAUGCCAAUUCGAGUCUAAAACACUUAGAUUUGUCGGACAACUAUAUUUCCGAGCUUAAAAAUUUAUCUUUCCUAACCAAACUGAAGACACUUCUUCUGCACUGUAAUCGCAUUAGCACACUUCAAGGUUCAUCCAAUUAUUUGCCUAAAUCACUUGAAAUAAUAUCUCUGGCUAAUAAUAUGGUUUCCGACAUUUUGGAGGUCCGGGAACUAUCUUGCAUCCCAAAGCUUUUGCAAUUUUCUUUGGGAAAUAACCCGUGCGCCGAAUCAACUGCAUAUGACUACAAAAUGUUCGUCUUAGGAUGGCUGCCGAACUUACGUAUCCUCGAUGGUGCUCACAUUACAGCGGAAGACUUAAAGAAAGCGAGUUGCUUUGUGUUAGAAUUGAAGUCAUCAUCGUCUGCCACUUCUCCUUCUCAGGUUGAUCUGAGUAGAUUUGUUCGUGACAAUAACAGUAUUAAUAAUGGAAAUAAGAAAUCACCAACAUAUGAUGGAAUGGAUCACAAUUUCAAGCGUGUAUGCAAUAACAGCUCAGAAUCAUCAUGUACAGCUCUGUCAAAGACUGACUCGCUCAAACUCAACCUGAAUUAUUUCUCAGAAGCGUCUUUAAAUCAUAAUAUGGGUACACCAAAUACAUGUUGUUCUGAGGAACUGGUACCUACAUCUGUUCCUUUCAAUAUAUCCACUCCAAAUGAAAAUACUGAAACUUUUCAAGCUACAUUAGCAGGUGCUACUGCUCCAAGGGAAUAUCAACAGAAUGGUAUUCAUGUAAGGCCUAUUUGGAAUACGCCUGUUUCGAACAACAACAAUAGUAAUGAUGUUCAUCUUCAUCAGCCUAAAUACAACAGUGAGACUAAGUGUGCACAAAGUGAUAGCAUGUUUAGUUCUCCACAUUCAUCAGCUUCAUGUCCCUAUCGUACAGUACCACCAUCUUCGCCUAUGUUGAAUCUUAAUCUGCCACCGGACAUUGGAAAUUGUUCACCACGUAAAGUUAUUCCUGACAAAGAAGGCAAGAUGAUGUUCAGACCAGUGUAUGAUGCUUCAUCCAGUAAAAAUUCAUAUCAUCAUAUUUAUUUACCCUUGAAUUUACCAAAUAAUAGUAAUGGUGUAAAAGAAUCAUUGAGGAAUACAACAAGUUACCAUACUUGUACAAAUAGUAUAGGAAAUGAAGCUAAUCCUCAUACCAUCGAUAAACAACUAUCAUCAAGUAAUACAUUAUUAUCUUCUGGAAACUUUAUUCCUUUAAACCAAUCGAUUUGCUCUCAGACAACCAGAUUUUCGCAUACAUCAAUCAGUUCGUUGAAUAGCUCCAAAUCCGGCGAAAACUUGAGACCACAUGCAGGAGGUCUUAUAGAUGCUGUUCACUUGCUGGAUGAUGGUGAAGAUGAUGCUGAUGAUGAUGAAGACAUAUUAACGGAAAGGACUAUUCAAAGCAACAGAUUUACUGGUCCAUUAGAAGAUUUAAUAGAUAUUCCUUCGAAGCAUAAUUUGCGAACCCAAGAAGAUAAAAUUAUCAGCCUGCCUAAUAAUGCCAAUGUAAAAGGGUUAUUUGGUAAUAAAGUCGCAGAAUCCUCAGAUUCUGUUCGUCCGGAAGAUGUUAGAGAUAAUACAAGCACUCAGUUUGUGAAGUUAUCAGACUCCUGUGUAUAUGUUGUUGCAAAUAAUAAGCCUACAAACUUCAUUGAUACUGCCACUGCUCCAAUAUCUAGACAACCAGUAGAAUCUAACGAAAAGCCUAAAUUGUCAAUCGCUGUUUAUAAUAAUCCAGAAGUAUUGAAUUCAAUGUCUACCAAUCUCAACCGAGAAACUUCAACGAUUCCAAGUUGUACAUCUCUUCCUGUUACACAGGAUAUUGAUACACCAACUAUUUAUAACCAGACAUCUUCAUCUUCAGCAUCUUUAUCAUCCUGUUGUCCAUCUUGUGGUAGUCAAACAAAAUUAUUACAGGAUCAUGUGUUCAAUUCAAUUUUAUUGAGAGAGGUUGAAGAAUUAAAAGCUUGGAAGGAAUCAGUUACACAGACAUUAGCCAAUUCUAUUAAAUCCGUUAACUUUUCAUCGAAUUCUGUCCAAACUGAUUGUAAAGAUGUGAGCCAAAAUGCUUCAGCCUGUCAGACAGAUGAGUUUUCAUCAAAUACACUGAUCUAUGCUAAUUCAUCAUUAGGAGAUGAAGAGAAAAAUGGAAUAGAAAGUAGACAUCAACUAAAUAGUCAAGUUUACACUAAUUUAUCUGAACAAAAUCAUGCGAAAGAUAACCAUUACAACUCUCGCAAUAAUAAUUCGGAUAAUCAGUCAGUCACCAAUAUACCUGAACAUAAUGCAAAGGAAGAACAGUGUAAAGUUUCUGAAUCGGAUAAUACACAUAAAGAAGCAACUUUAUCUACCAGCAGCUCUACUAUGGAAUACUCUGAAGUAUCAGAAUUACGUAAUACCCUACGUGUUAUUGACAACGUCAAUAAAGAAAAUAACCUGUCACCUUCAAAUAACAAUCUAGAUGAUACUAUGCAACUGUCAACAUCAGAAAACACUUCUAACAUUAUGUUAGAUCAUCAAAGCGUUCCAUACAAUAUUCCUACUGAUUCUUUUGAUGGUUUAGAAGAUUUUACGGAUUUAGAGCUUGUACGACAAGCAGCUUUACGGGCCAUAAAUUUAGAUUCAACUUCCAUUGACACAAGUCAUCAUAGCGGUGAUCCAUCUCCAUCGAUUGUAGCUUCUUAA